UGGAUAGAAUGGGGAAACUACAGUACUUACCUAUUCACCGAUAAAGCUGUCGACAUCAUCAAUAAACAUAACACUACCRAUCCMUUGUUCCURUACCUCCCCUACCAAGCAGUYCACAGCGCCAAUACUAUACAGCCUCUWCAAGCACCAGACAAAGUUGUUGAAAAAUUYGGAUCAAUUGAGAACUGGCACAGAAGAAUUUUUGCUGGGAUGGUGUCUGCACUAGACACCUCAAUAAAAAGGGUAGUUGACRCCCUUAAAGCAAAGAAUAUCUACAACAAUACGAUAAUAAUCUUCUCUACUGAUAACGGUGGACCAUCAAAUGGCUUUGACAUGAACUAUGCCAGUAACUUUCCAUUGAGAGGCGUCAAGGCAACAUUGUGGGAAGGGGGAGUAAGAGGAGCAGGAUUCGUUCACAGUCCUCUAUUUGACUUAUCCACCGACCCGUGUGAAUAUGUAAAUCUGGCUGCGAAUGAGACGAAGAUAGUAAGCAAUAUGUUGUCAUGGCUGGAGRAGUACAARAAAGGAAUGGUACCCCCUAGGAACACKCCUUUUGAUCAUAAUGCUAGUCCYAGGAAACACGGUGGUGUCUGGGUGCCAUGGAAAUAGAAAUGCAAUUAUUACAAGCACUGUGUCAGGGUUUAUAAUAAACGCUCUAGGUAGUUCAGAUCCAAUAGAAAGUUAGUCACYAGUGCGGGCUACAAUCAGSGAUUUCCAUUCAGCUCUGGAUAUAACGAACUGCGCAAAAUAAAAAAAGUUAAUUACUUAUUCAUGUAGUAGUUUAACAUAAAUGUGUCGUUUGUAAUGUAAUAUGAAUGUAAAACAUUAAAACGUUUUUGUUUUUUUUUU